AGAUCAGGUACAACAGAAAGCUCAGAGCAGGUGUUCAUAGGUGUGGCAGCUUGCGCCAAUUCUUCACCUGGAGUUUUCCCACUUUCACAUCUGAUAACACUUACAAAUAUAUAGGGAGCUGAGGAAUACAUCUCAGGUUGCUGUCAUCAUUAAAAUGUGGCUUUUGUGGAUUGGAGGACUUAUAAACUGCCUUGUAGGGGCUGUAUAUGGUGCCGAGGUAUGCUAUGACAAGAUUGGCUGCUUUUCUGAUGAGAGUCCAUGGAGUGGUACUAUAGAAAGACCCAUUGCACGCCUACCAUGGAGUCCUGAGAAGAUCAAUGCCCGCUUUCUUCUUUUCACACGACAGAACCCUGAUUUAUACCAGGAAAUCAGUACAAAUGCAGAUGUCAUUGCAGGGUCUAAAUAUGAAUCAACCAGAAAGACCACUUUUAUAAUCCAUGGAUUUAUCGACAAAGGAGAUGAGAAUUGGCUUAUUGACAUGUGUAAGCUUAUUCUGAGCGUCGAGGAUAUAAACUGUAUUUGUGUAGACUGGAAAUCUGGAUCAAGGACACUGUACACACAGGCGGCGAAUAACAUUCGAGUGGUCGGAGCUCAGAUAGCUUAUAUGAUUUCCAUUUUUGCGGAAAGUUUCCAGCAGAGACCUGAAAGUGUGCAUGUUAUUGGGCACAGCCUGGGUGCACACACGGCUGCAGAAGCUGGUCGAAGGACACAGAGGCUGGGAAGAAUUACGGGUUUGGACCCAGCUGAACCUUAUUUCCAGGGCUGUCCUACUCUGGUAAGACUGGACCCCAGCGAUGCCUUGUUUGUUGAUGUCAUUCACUCAGAUGCGCUUCCCAUGGUCCCUUACCUCGGCUUUGGAAUGUCUCAAGCUGUUGGACACCUUGACUUUUACCCAAAUGGAGGAGAACACAUGCCUGGUUGUGAUAAGAAUAUAAUCUCACAAAUUGUGGACAUUGAUGGCAUUUGGGAAGGUACCCGUGACUUUGUUGCCUGCAAUCACCUGAGAGCCUACAAGUACUAUAGUGAUAGCAUCCUAAACCCUGCAGGCUUUUUAGGAUACCCCUGUUCUGACCAGGCCAUGUUUGAGUCUGGGAAUGGUUUCCCAUGUACUUCCAGUGGUUCAUGUCCCUUCAUGGGUCACCAUGCUAACCAAUUUAAAGUACCCACUGGAGUGAAUAAGAUGAAGUUCUACCUGAACACAGGAGAUGCUCGGCCCUUCUCACGUUAUCGCUAUAAGGUGACAGUCACUAUUGAUGGCUCUCGAACCAACCUAGGGUACUUCAAAGUGGCUUUAUAUGGUGUUAAUGGAAAUACACGCCAGUACCAGAUUCAUGACGGCAUUCUGUCACCGGGUAAUACCUAUGUGCUCCUCAUUGACGUUGAAAAGGAAGUUGAUGAAUUGACUUAUGUAAAGUUUAUAUGGAACAACAGUGUAAUAAACCCUUUGCUGCCCACGUUUGGUGCCACUCAAAUAACAGUGCAGAGAGGACGGGACGGGAAAAUGUUCAAGUUCUGUGGAAAGGAAUGGGUGCGAGAGAACGUCCUACAGACUCUGUCUCCCUGCUAGUGAUGUAAAUUCAGAUACUCACAAUUUUAAGGUUCAGCAUCACAAUAAAGCAUCUACCUUA